AUGCUCCAUCACGCGACUCUGUCGACACGAUGUUGCGUCGCCGUCGCGGGGGCAUCCUCCAACGCUACCACCAGAACCACCACCACCCUCGCCUCGACCUCGUACGCCCAUUUGAGAAUAACCCGUCGCAGCGCAGGGAGAACAACAGGAGGGGUUUGUUGUUUCGCCGACGGCGCCAAAGACGAGGAGAUUUUUGCAUGGAAGCGCCUCCAAAGCGAGUACACCGCCUGGCGCGUGAAAAACAACAUUCUCGCGCCAAACGUGGAAGUCGCGUACGUCGGUGGUAGUGAGAAAGAGAAAGGAGGGGACGAUUUGUACCGAGGCGUGAAAGCGACGAGCGAUAUCGCGAGCGAGGACGAUUUAGUCCGCCUGCCCAGAGAAGCAACCAUGCUCGUCGUCGAAGGUCAGGAGAAUCCACACGAAGAGUAUAUAUCGAACGAGUUAUGGGCGAAGGCUGGGGACGAACGGUGGGCGUUGCGAGUGGCGUUGGUACUCUUGUACGAGAAAUCCUUGGGUUCUCGAUCGAAGUUUUACGAGUACAUCGAGCAACUGCCAAAGUCGUUCGAGAAUUUAGGCACGUGGACGGAGGAGGAAGUGAGAGAAUUGCAAUACUCUGUGGGAGAGAAGUUCGCGAAAGAGCAGAGGUUGGAGAACGAAAAAGCGUGCGAGUUGAUUCAGGAGUACGCGCGAGAUGGCGGCUUGAAGACGAUUGAGAGGGAGGAAGUCAUUUGGGCGUUGGACGUAGUGCGGUCGCGCGUUUUUUCGGGAAAGAUUGCAGACCAGGAGGCUUUGCAGAGGAAAUUGUUACCUCGAGCUUUAUCGGUUGGGACGGUGUUCGCGUCAUUUUUGACUGCACAGACGACCGAGUUGAAAUGGUUGUGCGUGUUUGCGUUGUUAGCUUUAGUUGUUUUCGAUUCGACGAAGGAGAACGACGUGAAGACGGACACGGCGUAUGUGUUGAUGCCGUUAAUCGACGCGUUCAAUCACCAGACGAUGUUAAAAACGGAGUUUGAGUUUACGAAUUCUGAGUUUGCGUUAAAAUCGCCGAAGAGUUACAAAAAGGGCGAAGAGGUGUUGAUUAGUUACGGUUUGAUGCCGAACGACGAGUUGCUUUUGCGGUACGGAUUCGUGGACGAUCAAAACGUAGCGGACACGUACCAAUUCGAAGGGUUGCUCCCGUACUUGACGCAAAACGAUCCUACGCUGAAGGAAAAUCUGGAGAAGAAUCCGAAACGCAUCGAAUCGUUGCGCUUCAUUCCCGAAGGGUCCUUAGAAGAUUUGACUUUGGAAGAUUCCGCGUGGCGAGGCGCGUUUGUCAGCGAUGGCACCGCGGAACCCAACUUAUCUUGGGCUUUGCGAUGUCUCUACGCCACCGAAUCGGAAUGGAUUAACGCUGGCGGAUCCUGCGACGGGUUUCGAUUAGGCGGCGGACAAACGGAAAAGAAAGCCGCGCUAGCGUUGAAAAUGGCGUGUGAAUAUAGAUUACAAGAGAUGGAAACGACGUAUAACCAAGACCAAGGCCUGUUGAAAGAGAAAGGCGGGGAGAAUUGGAAAAUGCGACAGGCGAUUUUGUAUCGCAUGCGUAAGAAGAAGAUUCUCUCCGACGCGGUGAAAAGAUAUUCGGUGUAG